UGGUCUCGGUCUUGGCCUUGUUUUGGUGGUGUUGGAACUUGCUCAGCGGCCCUCGAGGAACAGCUUUUUGGUGACCCCGAGAGCCAUGGCGGACCAGGCGCGGCCCAAGAAGAGGAUAUCCCUCAAGGAGACCUUCAAAAACCUGACCCCGGAGCUGACGGAGGAAAACAUGAUGUGGGCGCAGGUGGCGGCGGCGGUUCUGGUGGGCCUCGUCACCCUCGUCCUGCUGUGGCGGCUGCUGCGGGGGUCCAGCAAGCGGCGGGGCGUGCUGCUGAUGGGGCUGUGUGAGAGCGGCAAGACACAGAUGUUCUCACAGCUGUGCCACGGCGUUGAUGUACUCUCAGUCACCUCGGUAAAGGAGUCAGCGGGGACGUACAUCACAGGAAAGAAGUCACUUACUCUCUACGACCUUCCUGGGCACGAGCGCAUCCGCUACUCCAUGUUUGACAAGGUGAAGAAGCUCGCCCGGGGGGUCAUCUUCGUCGUGGACUCCAGCACCAUUCAGAAGGAUGUGCGGGAUGUUGCCGAGUUCCUGUACAAUGUCCUGUGUGAUGGAAUGGUGCAGAGCGGGGUGUCCCGAGUCCUUGUGGUGUGCAACAAACAGGACCUCACGCUGGCCAGGGCUGCUCGGCUCAUCCAGAAGACAUUGGAAAAGGAAAUGAGCCUGCUUCGUGUCACCAAGGCAAGCCAGCUGCAGUCAGUGGGCGAGGGCAGCAACAACAACAGCUUCCUUGGCAAGCAGGGCCAGGACUUUGAAUUCAGCCACCUGGGAUCCAUGAAGGUGGAGUUUGUUGAGGCUGUGGCUAAGGGAGGCGAGAACCUGACCCCCAUCACCUCCUGGCUACAGCAAGUGGCCUGAAGAAGCUCCUGAAGAUUACUAAAGAUGACAUGUUCACAAGUUACACAUCCAUGGCCACUCCUGGGUGUUCUGGGUUUAAGUUAUUGAGUGUGGCUUCUCACAUUGGCCUCAAAGUAUUUUAGACUGCAACAUGAUAGGCUCAUAAUUCAUAUACACGGUCACCUUUCACUAACACCCGAAUACUAACAAUUACACUUGAUUCACUCCCCUCCUUGCACACUCAGCUAACCCUUCCCCUCAUCAACUAACUCUUUGUGUUAUGCACCAAGCCUUGUGCCCUCUGUAUUAUUGAACAGAAAGAGAUAUGAUCCAGUGAUGACAGAUAAUUCAUAUGCUACAAUUAUCAUUACACAUCUUAUCUAAUAACCAUAUAAACAUAAGUCUCAUCAGAUAACAGGGGUUAAAGUAUAUUUUUGUGUUGAUUACUUAAUGUCUGUGAAACUCUUCAGGACAAAGUGACUGCCUUCAUUGUAUCAAAUAACUUACUUCAUCUGACUCAUCCAUGUUGUAUACUACUGGCCCUUUUACUGAUUGAGCUUGGAAUAUUGAAUGUCAUCAUCGUCCUUCCACCAAAAAGAAAUGAUUGGUGGAAAGGAGUUAAAAUACUAUAGUGCAAAAAGGCUUGAAAAUGUACAUGUGCUAAAUGUUCACUCAGUCUGCUUGCUGUGAGGCAGUUAGUGCAAAUGUGAAUGUAUUUAUCAAAGGUUUAAUUUGUGGACAACAACAGCAGAUGGGGGUAGGUCUUGACAUGCCUUAAGUUGACUGAUUUAUUCUUUAUUUGUUUAUCUUUGUCAAAACAUUAACAGUCAUGACAACUCAGCUUGGUGGUGGUGGCCUUCGUAGCUGUAGUCCUGUGGUUCUGCUUGGGUGCGUCUUCCUUCUUUCCUCUGCAGCCCCAGCCAGAACAGUGUAUGUGAGAGUCCCUACUUGGAAAUCUGAUUUUGAUAAGUAAAACAUGAAAGUUA